GCGGCGGCUGCGGACCCGCCGCGGGGCCACCAUGUCGCGGAACCCCGAGGAGGUGAACAGGCUCACGGAGAGCACCUACCGAAAUGUUAUGGAACAGUUCAAUCCAGGACUGAGGAAUUUAAUAAACCUGGGGAAGAACUAUGAAAAAGCUGUUAAUGCUAUGAUAGUGGCUGGAAGAGCAUAUUAUGAUAGCCUUGCAAAGAUUGGAGAUAUAUCAGCUGAUUCUCCAGUUUCUAAAGAAUUAGGCCAAGUUCUUGUAGAAAUUUCAAGAACACACAAGAAACUUAAUGACUGUCUAGAGGAAAGUUUCAAAAAAUUUCAUAAAGAAAUUAUAUCUGAACUGGAGAAGAAAACAGAACUGGAUGUAAAAUACAUGAAUGCAACUUUAAAGAGAUACCAAACUGAACACAGAAGCAAAUUAGAUUCUUUAGAGAAGUCUCAGGCUGAGCUAAAAAAAAUCAGAAGGAAAAGUCAAGGAGCACGAAAUGCAAUGAAAUACGAGCAUAAAGAAAUGGAGUAUGUGGAAACUGUGAGUUCUCGACAGAGUGAUAUUCAGAGAUUUAUUGCAGAAGGCUGCAGAGAAGCUCUUCUUGAAGAAAAAAGAAGAUUCUGUUUUCUAGUGGAUAAACACUGCAGUUUUACUCAGCACAUGAACUUCUAUCAUGUUCAGUGUGCAGACUUCCUCAACUCUAAGCUGCCUGGAUGGCAGGAAAUCUGUAGUGAUGCCACAAAAGUGCCUGAAAAGGUUAAAAUUAUGAUAGAUGAAAUAAGUACACCUGGUUCCACUCCAAUAUCAGGAACUCCACAACCUUCACCAAUGAUAGAGAGAAAUACCAUGAUUGGAAAUGAUUUUUAUCCUCAACAUGAAAAUGCAUCAAAAGUGCCCCCUGCUCCUACAGGCAGGGCAUACACUAGUCCGCUAGUUGAUAUGUUUAACAAUCCUGCAACCGUUCCGAAGGUAUCUUCCGAAAGACUAAAUAAUUCAGCAGAGAAUUCAGAUGAUGCCAGUUUAUCACGUUCAACUUCUGUCGCCACAGGACUAAAUAUAAUGAAAAGACAAAAAGUAAAGACAAUCUUCCCACAUACUGCUGGUAAUAACAAGACGUUACUUAGCUUUGCACAGGGGGAUAUCAUCACACUUCUUGUAGCUGAAGAAAAGGACGGCUGGCUUUACGGCGAACAUGACUCAACUAAAGUAAAAGGAUGGUUUCCGUCUUCAUAUACAAAACCACUAGAAGAACCCGCCGAAGAAAAAGCAUUUGUCCCAGUGCCAAGCCCUGCACCAAUCCGAAGUGUUAGUUCUGUAAAUCUUGCAGAAAAAGGUGGUGUUGUCCUCCCACCACCAGACUAUCUGGGAUCCUUGCAAACAGGUUCAACAUCAGAGAAGAGAAUGGAGUCCACCAAAGUUCCUGCUGUUAAAACACCAGCCGAGAGACCAGAAAGUGUGGGUCCUAAACCUGAUAUGAAUGGCAUUAUAAAACCACCCUUUCUAAGUGGAGAAAAUCCUUUUGCCACCGUGAAACUCAGACCAACUGUAACAAACGACAGAUCAGCGCCAAUUAUUCGAUGAAUACAAUACUCAUGACUGUACCUACUCCUUCUAAACAUCACUUUCAGUAAUGACAACUGCUAUCUAAAGUUGUUCUAAAAUCUUAUUUAAAUGUAAUUACUGUACAGUAGAAUCAUACUGGAGUGAAUUUCUGAUUUUUAAAAACCUGUUCUUUCUAAUGAGGUAACUGCUUUGGGCAAAUGUUUGAGCAUUUUGGCUUGAUCUUUGCAGUAUGCCUUUUUUGUAGUGUGACAAUUGUGAAAAUACUGGAGAUAGUUUAGAUACUCUUGUCUGCCAGCUUAAUUAAUAGCUCACAAUCAAUCAAUCUUUGGCAUUCAUUGUUUGGAAACUGCAAUGGUAAGUUCUAGAAUAUAAGUCUGCAUAUGAUACUUAAAAAGCUAAUUUUUUUUCAAAUAAAACAUAACUGCCUUAA